UUAAAGUAUAAAAAAGAUGGCCUAGAUUCGAUUCUUACAGCAGCAGAAGUAACCCGAGUCUCCACGGACGGUCAUGGUGGUCCUUCGUUCGUUCGUUUACACUUCCCUGUUGUGUGUAGCGAAUCUCGCGGAAGCAGCGGAAGGGUCUCAUGGCCUUCCUGGGUCCUCUCAUCGACACGUAGCUCGUCAUCUAGGAAAGCCGAGGCAAUUCGGUCAGCCUCCAAACGCAGUCAGAUAUGCAUCUCAGCCUUCUGCUUCGCAAACAUCUAGUGGCAGCGAAACGUCGACGUUGGCAUCCAUAACGGUCGCUACGCCUUCAGCUUCUCUCGUCUCUGCCACAAGUGUUCAAUUUACGAGUGCUAUCUCAUCUACGGCGAGUGCACCUGCUAGCAAUCCAACACAAGCAUCAAAUUCAAGCACCUUACAAGACAUCGCCACCAUUCACUCUCGACGAUUGAACACAAUUGUAAACAGUAUCACAGGUGACCCAAGUAAUAUAUCAACUUGGCUCGCAGAUCUUCAGGCAGACGGUAAAUGGCCGGACUCUGACGUCGAUUACGCAGCGGGCUGUGAUGGUCGGAAAGCAAGCUGGCCAGCUGCAGAUCACUGGGUUCGCAUCAGUACAAUGACUGCUGCCUGGCAUGGGGGACUCCAAGGCUAUGAUCAAUACGUCAACAGUUCAACACUAUUCACUGCCAUAGGCAGCGGCAUGGACUAUUGGUUUAAUAAUGACUUUACGAACGUCGGCUGUCUCGUUGAAGGAGGCACCGACAGCUGUCCUUGCGGCACACCCGGUUACUGGAAUACGAACUGGUAUGACAACGUCAUCCUUAUCCCCGGUCUUGUUGCAGAGUCCUGUCUUCUUCUCAACGACACCCUGACACAGACACAAUUAGGCAACUGCAGCAAUAUCUCCCUGCGUGCUUAUGGCGCUUUCGAUCAUGGAUAUAGCUUCGAAGCUGGAGCAAAUAUCCUGGACAUGGCUAAAACAGGUCUGGAUCAAGGUCUACUUGUGGUCAAUGUUUCUUUGGUCUCGGACGCGUACAGGAGAGUCCAUGAUACCAUCGUCGUACAGACAAAUAUCAGCAGACAAGUUGAUGGGAUUCAGUCAGACGGUUCCUUCGGGCAGCACCUUGGGCUGCUUUACAAUGGUAACUACGGGAACGUCUUCUCCAACGACGUUCUCGUUUUCGAGACCGCAGCGGCUGGGACUUCAUUCGAGGCUGGCAGCGAGUCAAGGGCUGCCCUCGAGACAUUGUACGACGGACACCGAUGGAUGAUAAAUUUUAAUGCCGAAACACAGGUGUUACAUUGGGAUCUUAGCCCAGUGGGUCGCUUCAUAAGCUCACCAGUGGCCGCCGGCCAGGCGAGUUCUGGUAUCCAAACAAACCUCUCAAUGGUGGAAGAACUUGGCGAGCAAUGGAAUUCGGACGUUCUCGUUAACUACGCUAGAAGUCUUUCGGUGAAUGCAACCAAUGCAAAUGCAGGGGCGUUACUUGGUAACCGUAUGUUCUUUGACAAUGAUUACAUGGUUACCCGGGGUUCUGGCUAUGUUACGUCUCUCAAGAUGUACUCGAGAAGAACCCGAAAUACCGAGUGUACGAACUCACAGAACCUUCUUGGUUUCCAUCUCGCCGAUGGCGUCGUUUACACAUACCUCCAUGGCGAUGAGUACGAAGAUAUAGCCGCUGCCUGGGACUGGAACCUCAUCCCAGGCAUAACUGUCGACUACAACGCCACCGUCCUUGACUGCGCCCACACCAAAUAUGUCGGAGUGGAACCAUUUGUCGGUGGUGUCAGCGACGGACAAGUCGGCGUCGCAGCAAUGCGCUAUACCAAUCCCAUCAGCAAGUCCUUUUCGUGGCAAAAGACAUGGUUCUUCCUUGAGGAUGAUGUUCAGUAUGUUAUGAUCGCCAACAUCUCCUCGAAGUCGAAUGCCCCCAUAUUUUCUGUUCUCGACCAAAGACGUUUCAGAGAACCUGGCGUAUUCGUCAAUGGCGCGGGGACUUUCGGGGGGAACUUCACAGACCCCCACACCAUGUGGCACGGUGACGUCGGGUACGAGUUUAAUGGAGCCAACGGAACGUAUGAGCUAUCCGUCGAAUGGGGCAACAGGACAGGUGACUGGUCCAGCACAGGGGUCUGGUCUGGUCAAGAAACAGUCAACCUGUUCUCUGCUUGGUUGCACCACAAGGACCUCAACACCCCGAUCUCCUACGCAGUAUACCCUGCAGUUGAUUACGGCACCUUCACUCUCAAGCGUGCUUCCACUCGCUUGACUGAAAUCCAGAACAACGCCUCUUUGAGCGCACUUUUGGAUGAAGACCAUGACACGGUGUUUGGUGUCUUCUGGGAGGAAUCGGGUGGUUCUUUCACAUUCACCGACAAGGUUUACGGUUCUAUGAAGGUCGAGUCAAGUGCUCAUGCUACUUUCAUCUACCGCAUGGACACGGGCAACCUCACGGUGGCUGAUCCGUCACGAAAGUUGCCGCACUUGACAUUCAAAAUUUCUGUGGAAGAUGGACUGGGAGGACCUUGUGAAUGGGGAGGGGAGAGCAGUGUUACCGCGCAUUUUGACAUGACUAGAAGCGAUUUGGCAGGCAAUAGUGUCAGCCAGAUCCUGAAUCAAUAACAACGUCUCGCUACAUACACGUCGACAUGAAUAUACUUACCCCCAUGCAUAUAGAUAUAGUCAUUUGGAUAAUC